ACUAAUAACUCUUGAGUUUAAGUACACAACAUACUAUGAAUAAAGUGAUAAAAAAGAAUUUGUUUUCACUGUUGGACUGUAUUAAACUCUGAAAAUGAGGUAAACAUUUAUUAAUUAAACAAAAUAUAACUCAUUAUUACAAGGAGUUACGCAGCAACCACUACUGUGAAAAACAACUGUCCGUACACAAUCUGGCCAGCAACCUUAACCGGCGGUAAUGGGGCUCAGUUAUCAAACACUGGCUUCGAGUCAGAGCCCCAAGAGUCUACCUCCAUUAACGUUCCUUCUCAAUGGACGGGUCGCGGUUUUGGGGUAGAACACAAUGCUCAAAAGACUCUUCCGGAAAAUUCACCUGUGCAUCAGGUGACUGUGGCUCUGGCCAGGUUGCAUGCAACGGUAGUGGAGGAGCUCCACCGGUAACCCUCGCGGAAUUCACAAUAGCAAAACCCGGGGGAAAAGAUUUUUUCGACGUGAGCCUUGUAGACGGAUAUAACGUGCCUCUCUCGAUAACCCCACAAGGCGGCCCGCUGGUAACAGCACCACGACCAGCUGUGCGGCUAACAUCAAUGCCAACUGUCCACCAAAUCUGGCUGUUAAGGGGUCCAAUGGGAGCACCGUUGGGUGUAAAAGCGCUUGCGAUGGGUACAAACUGCCACAGUAUUGUUGUACAGGCCCACUCAAUUCAUCUAGUACUUCCAAGCCCACGAACUAGUCAAUUUUCUUCGAGAGUCAAUGCCCUCAGGCUUAUAGCUAUGCGUUUGAUCAUGGAGAAGGUCCACUGGGCUUUUGUUGCUGUUGGCAUCAUCACAAAGGCAGCCACCUCAAGAAUAAAGAUGAAAGUGAAGAAGCAGAAGUGUCAUAGGAAGACUGUUAGAUUCUUCUCUGUUUGCUUUGGGUUUAGGCAGCCCUUCAAGUUGCUGUGUGAUGGAACAUUUGUCCAUCACCUUGUCAAUAACAUCACAUCCGCCGACACUGCUCUCUCUAAUUGCCUUUGUGCCUCCAUCAAGCUCUUCACCACCAGAUGUGAUCAUGAGAAGAGGAAGGGUGCCAAUGCUUGCAUUUUGGAUGUGCCUAGUGCUCCUUUAAUAUUUGCUCUAAGAAAUGCCCUUUUCCUUAAGCUACCAUCUUCAUUUCAACAUCAGUUGUCAAAGCUUCUGAAGAAAAACAUCUACAUACGACUGAAAAGAAUCGAUGUAGCACUGUCUAAUGAUGUUGAAGGUUUAGAAUCUCAUGAUCCCAGAUUGCAAGCGCACAACACAAGAAAGUGUAGUACUGGAAAGGAAUUAGGUGUGAAGGACAGAGUUCAAUUCAAGAGAAAAAAAAGCUAAGGGUCCAAAUCCCCUUUCAUGUAAGAAGAAAAGAAGUCGUGAAAA